GCGAACCCUAAAAAGUAAAACCCUAACGGUGAACCCCUUAUGUAUAUAUAGCCGACUCUCCCCUAAACCCUCUUUCUUCUGUUUCCCAAUAGCUCUCUCCACGAGAGCCACAGACCCGCGCCGCCCCGAUCUUCUAAAACUUAGUAAACAUGGUGCAAUAUAAUUUCAAGAGGAUGACUGUUGUUCCCAGCGGGAAGGACUUCAUCGAUAUUAUCCUUUCUCGCACCCAGCGGCAGACCCCAACUGUGGUCCACAAGGGUUAUGCAAUUAACCGCCUGCGUCAGUUCUACAUGCGCAAAGUGAAAUACACCCAAACAAAUUUUCAUGAGAAGCUCUCUACUAUCAUUGAUGAAUUUCCUAGGCUGGACGACAUCCACCCUUUCUAUGGCGAUCUUCUGCAUGUUCUCUACAACAAGGACCACUACAAGCUCGCACUGGGUCAAAUCAACACUGCAAGGAACCUUAUUUCCAAGAUUGCUAAGGAUUAUGUCAAGUUAUUGAAGUAUGGUGAUUCACUUUACCGAUGCAAGAGUCUCAAGGUUGCUGCUCUUGGCCGUAUGUGCACGGUCAUAAAGAGGAUUGGCCCUAGUUUAGCUUAUCUAGAACAAAUUAGGCAACACAUGGCAAGGCUGCCUUCAAUUGACCCAAACACCCGGACAAUAUUGAUUUGCGGCUAUCCCAAUGUCGGAAAGAGUUCAUUCAUCAACAAGAUCACCAGAGCAGAUGUUGAUGUCCAGCCCUAUGCUUUUACUACCAAGUCGCUCUUUGUGGGGCAUACUGAUUAUAAGUACCUGAGGUACCAGGUUAUUGAUACACCUGGGAUUUUGGACCGACCAUUUGAAGACCGUAACAUUAUUGAGAUGUGCAGCAUCACUGCAUUGGCACAUUUGAGAGCUGCUGUUUUGUUCUUCUUGGACAUCUCAGGGUCUUGUGGUUAUACCAUUGCCCAACAAGCUGCUCUUUUUCACAGCAUUAAGUCUCUGUUCAUGAACAAACCAUUGAUUAUAGUCUGCAACAAGACUGAUUUGCAGCCAUUGGAGGGCAUAUCUGAGGAAGACAUGAAGUUGGUCACAGAGAUGAAAGCUGAAGCUAUGAAGACUGUGAUUGGUCAGGGAGGCGAGGCUACGAAUGAUGAUGGGGUACUCUUGACCAUGAGCACUUUGACUGAGGAGGGGGUUAUCUCUGUAAAGAAUGCAGCUUGUGAGAGGUUGUUGAAUCAGAGAGUUGAGUUGAAGAUGAAAUCUAAAAAGAUAAAUGAUUGUUUAAAUCGUUUUCAUGUUGCGAUGCCAAAGCCACGUGACCAAAAGGAAAGGCCUCCAUGUAUACCUCAGGCUGUUUUAGAAGCCAAGGCUAAGCAAGCAGCAGAGAAGGAAAAGAGAACUACUGAAAAGGAUUUGGAGAAUGAAAAUGGUGGUGCUGGUGUAUACUCUGCCAGUUUGAAGAAGAAUUAUAUCCUUGCUCAUGAUGAGUGGAAAGAGGAUAUCAUGCCUGAAAUUCUUGAUGGGCACAAUGUAUUUGACUUUGUUGAUCCUGAUAUUUUGAAUAGGCUUGAGGAGUUAGAACGAGAAGAAGGAAUCAGGCAGGCAGAGGAGGAGGAUGAUGUGGAGAUGGGUGGAUUGGAGUUGACUCCAGAAGAGCAGAAGACAUUGGCUCAGAUAAGGAAAAAGAAAAGCUUGCUGAUUCAACAACAUAGAAUCAAGAAAAGUACCGCGGAGAGUAGGCCUACAGUACCUAGGAAAUUUGACAAGGACAGGCAGUUCACAACAAAGAGAAUGGGGAGGCAGCUGUCAGAAUUGGGAAUUGAUCCUAGCAAGGCAAUUGACCGAGCCCGCAGCAGAUCUGUCUCUGCAAGGGGCCGAAAGAGAGAGAGAUCAGUUGACAAGGGUGAUACUGAAGGUGGUGGUGUCAUGGAUAUGGAUGUGGAUACACCCAACAAGAAGCUGCGCUCGAUGUCUAGACCUCGUUCAAGGUCAAGAUCAAGGCCGCCUACUGAUGUUGUCCCUGGUGAUGGCUUUAAGGACUCUGAUCAAAAAUCUAAAGCACUAGACAAGGCCCGGAAAUCUGUGAAGAACAGAAACAAGAAUGCUAGACGCGGGGAGGCAGAUAGAGUUAUUCCCAAUUUGAAACCAAAGCAUUUGUUCUCUGGAAAACGCUCCAAUGGAAAGACCCAAAGGCGCUAAGUAAGGAAUGUCAUGCAAAGAAUGUAGACUUAUGCUUUGUUGGAAAAGAACUGCGUUGUUUCAUUUCCGGUUUGAUAGACUGCAGAAUGCGAGAUGGUGUCAACAGAGUUAUCAUAAUCCCCUUGUUUUGUAUUUUUUUUUUAUAAGGCAAUUUUGUAUCAGAGAUAUGCACUAGUGACAUUAUUAUGAGUGUUUUUUGACUCUAUGAAUGUGAAAUUUUAAUUUUUUUAA